AUGGCUGACCCAGGAGGCCAGGUGGGGCCUGGUGGAAGAAGUAUGUUGGACAACAUGGUUGGUGUUAGUGACAUGGUUCUUCUUGAACCACUGACUGAAGAUUCAUUGUUGGAAAACCUGUGGGAUAGGUACAACAACAAAGAGAUAUAUGUAAGUUAACAGUCUUUAAAAUAAUUCAGAAUUGAUGUAAAUGUAUCGUACAUGUAAAAAUGCUGGAAGAUGGCAAAAAUCAUCACUUCAAGUGGACAAACAUGACUGAAUAGUUACAGUGUAACCUUGUGACAACUUUUUACCUUGGCUUCCAAAUUGUGUCUGAUGCUCCUAUGGGCUACAUUACCUUCCUACUUUUAAUCCUUGCUAAAAAUCUCAAUAUAUAUAUAGCUGAAAUGUAGCUUCAAUAUUCUAUAAAAUAAUAUUCAACAGGUUCAAAGAAAAUUGAAGGAAUCAAAGGGUAGUGACUGAUAAUGAAUGGGAUAUUCUUAAAAUGUGGAAUUAAAAUUUAAAUCCUUACAGGCAAAUUCUUUUAACACCUGAAUUUAUUUCAUACGUUCACUUUCCUUCCUUGCAGACCUAUAUCGGGAAUGUGGUUGUGUCAAUUAACCCUUAUCGUAAAUUCAACUUGUAUACACCUGAGAGAAUUUCAGAGUACAGAUCCAGGAACAUUUAUGAACUACCCCCUCACAUGUAAGUUUGACAGCUAAUAUGAAAACUUCCUUCCUUUAUUUGUGUUUGGUUGCAGGCCAUGUAUGAUCAAGGGACAUCCUGUCCUGGGUUGGGCUGGGAUACUCUGAUGUUUCUGGGAAACUGCCCACCUACCCUUCCCAUAAGCUCACAUUUUGCCUUAAGGGAGUAAUAAGUGAUAGCGGAGCUCUCGCGCGCGAAGCGCGCAGCGGAGCACCAUGAGUAAGAAAAUGUGGUAAACUACCCAUCCAAGAAAAUUUGGUAAUCACGUGACCGUACACCGAGCGAGCAAGUGACCGUCCGUCCGCACCACAGGCAUACCAAUUUAAAAUAACUCAAUCAACAGGUAUGGCAACCCAAAUGCGACUCAAGGUUUUAUUUAGAAGAACAAACAACAACAUAGUCGUGUCUUUUUCGGCGUUAUUUUUUAUGUCUACAUUAACGUGGACAACAGAGAAAGAACUAGAGCGAGUUAUUGAAAACAAAGGAGACGAAUUUCUUAGGAAGAAAAACAUGGAAAUUCAAAGUGGCGGUGAGAAAAUGAGAAAUGCUAGCGACCAGCAAGGUGAAAAUGAGCGGCAAUGAAAAAUAAAAGCGAACAUGAACACAGGAGACGAAAUAUUGGGUAAGCACAUACGACAAUUCCUCCAUGAAAAUAAUGUGUAACUAGGAAGUUUGACGUUUUACCCAUCCAAGAAAAUUUGGUAAUCACGUGACCGUACACCGAGCGAGCAAGUGACUGUCCGUCCGCACCACAGGCAUACCAAUUUAAAAUAACUCAAUCAACAGGUAUGGCAACCCAAAUGCGACUCAAGGUUUUAUUUAGAAGAACAAACAACAACAUAGUCGUGUCUUUUUCGGCGUUAUUUUUUAUGUCUACAUUAACGUGGACAACAGAGAAAGAGCUAGAGCGAGUUAUUGAAAACAAAGGAGACGAAUUUCUUAGGAAGAAAAACAUGGAAAUUCAAAGUGGCGGUGAGAAAAUGAGAAAUGCUAGCGACCAGCAAGGUGAAAAUGAGCAGCAAUGAAAAAUAAAAGCGAACAUGAACACAGGAGACGAAAUAUUGGGUAAGCACAUACGACAAUUCCUCCAUGAAAAUAAUGUGUAACUAGGAAGUUUGACGUUUUAGCUGUACAAAACAGCGUUGUAGUCGUGCAAAACAACAACAAGGGAAAGACAAAAAAGCGUGCAGCACUUGCAAAUUUUUUUUUUUGCUAAUUAGAAGAAAAAGUGUGCUGCACAUGCAAUUUGUUUUUUUUUUUUUGCUAAUUACAUCUAUUAGUCUUGAAGCCAUGUUCAUUGUCAUCCGCGUUUAGCAUUACACGAUUUAUUUUUUUUUUGUUUACACGUAUCAUUAACCAGAGCUUCGCUUUUAGCCCUGGCUAAAUCUAUGUAUUAAUGUUGGCUUAGUGGAGGAGUAGGUGGGGAGUUUCCUAGAAACCUUAACUGAUCAGGAUACUCCUGCAUGUAGGCUAAAUGGGUAUUGUUCUGCUGUAAGGACGGGUGACUAAUGGGUCUCAGAUGAUUUGAUCCCACCCCUGUGAAGGGUCUAAUGAUGCAGGCCCUAGUUGUUCAAAAGGUGGAUAAUGUUAUCCAUUGGAUAUUAAACUCUAUCCGGUGGUCGUGGUUAGCGCAAUUUGUUUCUCUAACACUUAUCUGUUGGAUAGUGAUUUAUAUGGUGGAUAGUGCUAUCCAACUUUUGAACAACUGGGGCCAGGCUUUUUACAGUUAAGAGAUCAGGGUGCUUUGCUAUUGAAAAUAGUUUUAUUUUUUUAAGAAUUGAAUUAUGGAUGAAACAACUUACAGGUAUUCUACCAAAUGAAUCGAAAACCUGGGGGAGAGUGGGAUGGGGAGGUACUCCCUCUAAUGGCCUAUACAGGGGGCUCUGCCUGAAAUGGGUACCUUUUUCAGGCCUCAGGUAUAUCAAAGGGUAAGGAUUUUACUAGUUGAAGUAUAUGAAAGGGUAGGGAAAUCAGUCAUUUUGUACUUUAGUAAGACCAAAAAAGGGUACAGAAGGAUUUUCUGGCUGUGAAAAAGUCGGGAAAAUUUCCGGUUUUGUGAUUUAUUCAUAUUCAAAUGACAGUGCAUUUACAGCGGCGGUUAAAAGGAAUGCAAAGUUUAAACUAUGUCAAGUCUAAACGAUUGUCCAUGCUUUCUGAGAGAAUUGUCACCAAUUCUGGGGACCAUGUCACCUCUCACUUCUACUCCAUGAAAGGCCUCAGUUAUCUUUUGUGGUCUGAUUAGAUUGUUGCAUUUCAAGUGCACUAUGUUUGAGCCGUGCAUAAAUUUAGCAUCUGUUUCUUUGUCAGUAAUAUUAUUUUAAAGAUGUUAUUUUUUACAUUAAUCUUGUUUGUGAUAGAUUUGCAAUAGCUGAUGUUGCUUACCGAUCUAUGAGAGAUUAUAAUCAUGACCAGUGUAUUCUGAUCACUGGUGAAAGUGGAGCUGGAAAGACAGGUAGUGUCUAGCUGUGUUUGUACUGUUGUUUAAAAAGUAAAUGUUGUUAUAAUAGUUUGUGAUAAAUGAUGAUAAUGUUGGAAAGACUAAUGAUGAUGAUGAUGAUGACAACGAUUAUAGUUAAUGAAAUAUUCAAAUUCUUUCAGAGUUCACCUUGCUUUGCACGGGGGGACUCCUCAUAUUAAAGGGGUGGGGAGGGUACCAGGCUUUGUACCACUGAUAGUAACGUAGUCAAAUUACAGGUUUCCAGAAUUUAAAGUGGAAUGUCUUUUUUCAGUUAACUGUUUGUCCCCAUUUUGUUCUUACUGUAGAGGCAUCAAAGAUUGUAAUGCAGUAUGUUGCAGCAGUAUCUGGAAAAGGCUGGGAGGUUGAUAGAGUCAAAGAACAGUUGCUUCAGUGUAAUCCUGUGCUAGAAGGUGUGUGUUUGUUUUUGUACUUUUUUGUUCAUUUGUUUCUUAGAACAGUCUUCCUUUAACCCUUUAGGUCCUAAGAGUGACCAACAUCAAUUUUCUCCUAACAACAUAGUAAAGGUUAUGAGAAAUACUAAAUUGAUUACCAAAGGAAAAACGCUUUGAACUUCACCAAAUUCUCUCAACUAUUCUUAAAAGAAAUGUUUGGAGAUCAGUCUUGAGAAUUAUUUUGUAUGUGGAUACUGGGGCUUAAAGGGUUAAAGAGACCCUCUUAGGGUUGUGUGUGUGUGUGUGUGGGGGGGGGGGGGGGUAGGCCAUGUCCCUGUCGGUAUUCAAACCAUCUUUAUGUCAUCUGUCACCGUUUCAUCUAGUUUCUGUCACUCUUUCGAGGCCAUGUUUCUUGCCAGAAUUUUACCCCAACAGGGCCUCUCUAAAUGGUUAACCUUUUCACCUAAAUUCACUUCAUUUAAGACAUUCAGUUUUUUUGUUAAGUCCUAAAAACUGAAAAGUAACAUGUGAAAGUACUGCUGAAGAGGUUUCAUUUAAAUGGUAACACCAUAGGAUUUUGUGCAUAGACUCGAAAGUUAGAACUUCAUCCUAGAUAAAUACCACUAUGUGAAAGUACUGCUGAAGGGGUUUCAUUUGAAUGGUAACACCGUAGGAUUUCGUGCACAGACUCAAAAGUUAGAACUGCACACUAAAUAAAAUAAUAGUACCAUGUGAGAGUACUGCUGAAGAGGUUUCACUUGAAUGUUAACACCCUAGGAUUUCAUCCACAGACUCAAAAGUUCGAACUACACACUAAAUAAAUAGUACCAUGUGAAAGUACUGCUAAAAAGGUUUCAUUUGAAUGGUCACACCAUAGGAUUUUUGCCCACAGAUUUGAAAGUUUGAGUGAUGACUCCUAAACUCUGCAUACUGUGGUCUAAGAGUUUUUCAGAGUGGAACCUGGGUUAAAGCAGAGUGAUAAACAAGACAAUAGGCAACUUUUGAUACAUUAAAAUUCAGCAUGAAAGCGAGUCUUAGGGGACAAAAACAAUGAAAAUGAACAAACAGGUUUAUUUAUUUCCUUUGUUUGUGUCGUCUAAGACUUGCUGUCAUGCUGAAUUUAAUAUAUCGAAAGUGGCUGUAAUAGACAGGGAGAGUGCAGAAAGGGUGGUAGCAUCAAGGAAUGCCUCAAGGCUCUGUUACCCUCUCCCCUUCUACCUUGCAUAAGCUAACCCUGCUGGUUCCCCCUUUUCCUUUGUAAUACAUUGUCUCCCCCUGAUGAGGCUGUUUUUAAUUAAAAAGUUUUGACGUCUUUAACCAAUACAGUCGACUCCUGAUAAUUCUAACCUUCGAGGGAAAUAGAAAAAAGUUCAAGUUAUCGGGAGUUCGAGUUAUUGAGGGUAAAAUUAUAUAGAAAAUGACCUGAAGAGAAAUGAAAAUUGCUUCGAGUUAGUGGGAGGUUCGAGAUAUAGAGGGUUCGAGUUAGUGGGAGUCGACUGUGAUAGCUGCACUGACAAAUUCUUCUUUAAUAUAACGGAAAAAAAUUGAAGGUUACCUGAACAAUUUUAUUUCCACUGGGUAAUAGAUUGGUUUUCUUUGCUCUCAUUUAUUUGUAGCCUUUGGCAAUGCAAAGACCCUGAGAAAUGAUAAUUCUUCUCGCUUUGUAAGUACAGGUUUUACGAUACUGUUUAUUCACCAUGAUUUGGAACUGUGUUUUGGAACUUUUUUCAUGUAUACUUUUGGUACCUUCAGAUUCAGAUUAGACUAUCAAAAUGUAGAGAGUAAUAUCCUGUUUGUGUGUUAGAAGCACUGCUUUCAUUCAGACAGUUUAUUAGACAACUUUGUAUAAUUUCAGGGCAAAUACAUGGAUAUCGAAUUUGACUUUAAAGGGGAUCCUGUUGGGGGAGUCAUCACAAAAUGUAAGCUCAUUUUAUUUACCAACAAUGAAUGCAUUGCACAGUCUUUGUCUUUCUUGGUACUCUGUAGUCCUUUGUACGUUGCUACUGUAGUGGCUAAUAAUUGGUUGCUACGGAAACGUAGGGUUUAUUAUUUUGAGCAGGUAAGUCCAUUCAUCCACAUGGCUGGUAGCGUGAGUAUAAAUAUAAAUAUAUGGAAGGACUAUAUUUUAAUGUCAGUAAACUGUAAUGGAGAGUUUUGGCAUCUGUCUCCAUAUUAACUGUCUGGGUACUUAAAGGCCCAAACAUUUCCAAUUUAGGACUCCUAGUGUUUUUUUUUGAACUGGGACUUAUUGGUUCUGGACACGGACUCUUGAUGUUGCAGAAGAUGAGUCCCAGGACUCAACAUAACUAUUUGUAACAAAACCACUGUGGUGUAUUGACUUAAGUUGAUAAAACCAAUUUUUUUGUUUCAUAAUCCCCCGCUGGUGCAACAAUAGCCACAUUUUGAAACUGUGCCCAGUUUCAGAAUUUUAAACAUCUCAGGUUGUUACUCUUCCGAAUUAAUUUCCCUUCUUGUUGGCAUUUGUUUCUUUUUUAGUUGCUAGAUUUAUGGGUUUAUUUAUGGUCAGAGUUUGUGCAAUCAGCUAGCAUUCUACCUUGUCUUUUUAAAAAGUGUGUAAAAUACUGACCAGUUUUCACUUUCUUUGUUGCAGACUUGCUGGAAAAGGUAAUGGAGUCGUGAAUAAACAGUUUCCUUUGAAUUUUGGAUGUAAUAAUUCAUAAUUAAAGUUUGAAAGCCGAAUUCAAUAAUUGUUUUAUUAUUCAUCCAAAAUAUUUUUAAGUUCUUAACAAGCUUACCUCCUUGUAGACUUCCUUUUAAACUUCGGCCUAUUUUGGGGCACAGUUUCAGGAUAUAAACACAGGUUCUCUUUAGUCUAUUGAUCGAUUGUCUAUUGUCCAUGUAGCCUCAUUUCCAGUCAAAUAUUCCAUUGAUCAACCUCGUUUCCAACCAAGUGUACCAUCAAAUCAAUGGUAUAUUGCUCGCAUCUUUCAAAUAUGGUAAGCACCAUUUUGGCUUGGAAGAACUGCUGUGGGAUUGGAGCCAAUCAAAAACGGCAAAAUGUUUUGAAUGAAUAAUAAUUAUCAAGAUGCUAUUGUUAUAAUAAUGUUAUAGUUUAUCUUAAUUUCUCCAUACACUUUUCAUUGCGUUUAGUCUCGUGUGGUUCACCAAGCUCAAGGGGAGAGGAAUUUUCACAUUUUUUAUCACCUUCUUUCUGGAGGAUCAGAUGAACUUCUUGGUAAGCUGUACCAGUGAGCUGUUUCUGAAUAUUUUGUCUAAGAAGCCACACUUAGUAUUCAGUGAGACUCAAUUAAUUCCGGCAAACAUAUUGUUCUUCUAUAUGAGAAGAUACAUUUCAGGGGCAUGGCCAGCCUAUAGACUUGUAGGCCCGGGCCUAAACAAUUUUUGGUUUGAUCACUCCAGGCUUGUAGUAAAUUAUGCGUUGUUGGGUUGAGCUAAAAGAACGUUGGUGGGGUCAGUGCGUACUAGUCAUGCGUGCAAUUUUUAGGAUAUGUGGAAACGAAAGUCAUCCAGGCCCACAACUAGUCGAAAAGCUGGCUACGCCGCUGUAUUUAAAUGGCAAAUUGAGUACUGCACGGCUUAAGUUGUCUCCUGUUGAUCUUCAGUCAAGUUCACUUGCAAGGGAGAGCAUCCAUUAGAGGUACACAUCAUCAUCAUUAUCUUGGUUUCUUUCCCCGCACUCAGCACGAACAAACGUUUUCCCUUUUAGGAGUUCUAGGGUGGACUAGGGGACUUCUUCUUAGUUACAGAAUUGACCGAGUCCUUCCUCCGCGCCCCAAAACAGUUGGCCGAGCAGGAGGCAGCGUUCCUGAUUGGCUGGGGCCUCCAGAUUACAAGUCCAGAGCUCUAAGUUUAAAUCCCACCUUGACCGCUAGCUGGAUUUGUUCUCUGUAGUCCCGGGUUCAAAUCCUGGGCCAUGUUUGUAAAAUAGGCAACUGGUUCGCCUACUAACAGUUGAGAUUCAUAACCUUGUUAUUUUCGUUUUGAAUUAUUUGUUUUAUUGUCCCUGAAAAACCCGCUAAAAGGAGAGAAUAAUUAAGUAUUUGUUUAAAUUAAAUUAAUUUGUUGCUCACAUUUCUGUGACCAAGAUGGUUUUACGUUUUUUCUCAACUCAACCUUCAGCCUGAGUCAGAUCAGGCCUUCCCAGGCUUAGGGGUUAUGAGAGAGGAGAUUUGAGGUGGGAGGUGGGAAUAGUGUUUCCUAUUUAUAUUCACGACUAAGAGACGGGAAUGGGUGUGCAGCUCGAACUAUGGAGCCUGAGUGUUUAAUGCCGUCCAAAUGACAUACAAAGUUCAACAUCAUAACUAAAGAAUGGUAAACAAAUAUUCCUAAAUAAAGUCACUCAGGCUAAACCAUUCACGUGCGCCGCCUGAUACGAAAACCCAAAAAACCCAAUGGGAAAAAAUUGGGAACGUAUUCCCCAACCGAUGCGGUCGCACAACCUCUGGGGGUUAAAGGUAAAAAAUCAAUCGAUAGAUGAAUAAAGUAAGGUAUAAAAAUAAAAUUUGAUAGUUCGAGAGCUGAGAUGAAUACAUUACAACUGUCAAAACCUUAUAUACCUUACAACAAUAGGGUCAAUUAAGGCCAUAGCGGCUCACGUGCGUUCAUACCAAUAGGAAAGUAUUUACAUUCUCUGUCCCUGCCACUACGUUUAGCUCCGCCGAAUGUAAAUACAUUUCUUUCCCUUUGAUAUCUUCACUUUUUGCCUCUCUCUUCGCCCUUUCCACCAGAAACACCUGAUCUGACUCAGGCUACUGAACCUCCAGCUUGGAUGAACAAAGACUGAUUUUUGGCUAGUCUCUGUCAGUUUCUCUACAAGUCCAGCAUGGUUUAGACUAUGAGUAGUCCCCAUUUUUCUUCAGGGAUAGUAGAGCGAGUGAAACGCGAGCGCGCGUCAAAAUCACCCCACGCGGGAAAGGCCAUCCUGCUGCGUCUCGCUUUUCUCGCGUGGGGUGAUUUUCACGCGCACUCCCGUUUCGCUCGCUCUACUAUCCCUGAGGAAAAAUGGGGACUACUUGAAGUCUAGCAUGGUUGACCCUGUUGGGGACUGGAGGCCCAGGUGGCACCACCUUCAAAAGUACUGGGGACUUAUUUAUUCUCGUUGACAAACAACCCUAAGAGGAAAAUGGAACUAUUAUUAUUAAUUUAAACAAAAACUGUGUUUAAACUUUUGUUCUCUUUGCAACAGGUAAACUACACCUUGAAAGAGAUUGCAACACAUACAAUUACCUUAAUGAAAGUGGAUGCACAAAAGUUGCUACGAUUGAUGACAGGAAAGAUUUCCUUAUUGUUGAGGUAUGUAUUAUGGGCUUUGUAAAAUGUGUACAUUAUAUUUCCCACCUGAAUGCACUUAGUGAACUGUCAAUGCCUUUAACAUAAGUGGAUGGGGCUAGUUUUAAAAGAAACUUUAUUAGCUCUGUCGUAAGGAGAGGUGGGGGGGACGCAACAUUUUUUUUUCGUCUGUAAAUUUAAGAGAUUUAAAGGCUAACGGAUCAAUGCUACCUCUUUGUCAGAACAAAUCGCCCUGAUCAUAGACUACGAGUAGUCCCCCAUUUCUCCUCGGGGAUAGUAGAGCAAGCGAAACGCGAGCGCGCGUGAAAAUCACCUCACGCGAGAAAGGCGAGACGCGGUGAGUGGCCUUUUCUCGCGUGGGUUGAUUUUCACACGCGCUCGCGAAUCUCUCGCUCUACUAUCCCUGAGGACAAAUGGGGGACUACUCGUAGUCUACCCUGAUCAUGGUACCUAAUUUUCAGAGAUGCAACUCAAUUAUAAAAUAUUGUGUCAGGACAAAAUAUAGUGUCCUCAGGCCUGUGAUAUCAUAGUCAUUAUCGACAGUCCGUAGUCUGAGAAAACAGCCGCCUCCUGUCGACAUUUCGUGACGCCAUCACUGAGGAAGGAGCACAAAAGUUCCAUACUGAGUACGUGUCACUACCUAGAUAUGGUUAGUGCUUCUUAUUGGUUGGUCACGGGGAAACCAGUGGUAGCGCGACAAAAUGGAUGUCGGCUGUUUUCUCAGUUUAGAGAAAAGCAGAAUUAGCGUCUGUAGUUUUUGCUUCAGAUUUAGCUGCUAUUGGAGAGAUUUAGAGCGGCAAACGUCAGAUUCAAGUCGAUAAUUGCUCAAAAUAGAAAAUGAGCAGACAUGUUGAAAAUGCGUCCCCCAAAACAGUCCCACAAUGCACUUUGAAACCAUCUCGACCUGGUCUCCCGCCCAUCCUCAAAGUGGCUAAUUAACUGGGUUUCUGUAACAAAUCUUAGUGUCAGCACAGCCAAAAGAAAAAAACAUGGAGCAAUUACCGGUACCCAGGCAAACAGAAAGUUAUACCAUUUACUUAGCGGUAUGAGAGCAUCUCAUCACAGCUAUGUCAAAAUAGAACCAACAGUGAUUUGUUUGUGUUGUUUCUAUUAGAGAGCGAUGGAUGUGGUUGGCUUCCGUCCUGAUGAGAAAAGUUCAAUUUAUUCUCUUCUGUCUGCUAUCUUAAACUUGGGCAAUGUGACAUUUGAUGAAGGCGAUGACCAUAGUGCUGGGCACGACUUUGUGUCUCUUUCAAAUGGAAAAUGUAAGUUGAAGUCUUCAAAUUAUUUACUUUACCGAUUCACACCCCCAAAAAACCUGUGACGAUUCAUGAUUCUAGUACCACUUGUGACGUCAUCAGGUUUAACGCUCAAUAUGUCUUUGAUGUACUUGUAGCAAGGACUAGCCUAGCCUGCGAGCAAGCUCUCCGGGGCACUCUGGCGGCGGGCGGGAAAAGAAAGGAGAGCUUGCAACUACGUCUCUCUCUCUCUGGAAUUUGAAUUCCACCUCCAAUUCCCCUGGGGCUCCCCAUCGACUGAGCUGUCAGAUUUCCGCCAAUCAACGCGAAGCGGAAACGAGCACGAAUGUAAACAAACAUUGAAAAACACGUGCCAAGGAUAAUGACGACAUCACUUAUGUCAUCUCCGCCCAUCAGCAUUUCGCAUCGACUUUUUCGAUGCAGAUAUUCAAUUUUUUUGGGCAUUUCCUUUGUGAUUUUACUUGAAAUUCUCUAACUCUUUAGAUUUGGACUGGACUUGUGAAAUGUUACAGUGUGGUGCUCACUUACUACAGAACGCUCUGACGAAGAGAACUGUGGAAGCUGGAAAUGAAAAGAUGACCACCCCUCUAACAGCAGCCCAGGUGGGUGCCCAGCACUUUCCUGCCAUUGCAAUCAUAAGGGGACAUUCCUUCGUGGUGACCUGUUGUUUUGCCCACGAGUCGUUUCACUAAAGUCCCGUUCGCUAACGUCUUAUAUCGUUCCGCUAAGAAGCGAAACGAGCGCUGCGCAUGUAUAUGCUUCGUUCUCUCAGCCAUGAUACAAAAAAGUGCGUUUCGCAUGUAUAUGUCCUCGUUCUUUCAGCCACUGAUCAGGCGAAAGCAGUUAACGAACUGACCCAACACGUACGCGAAACGACUUCAGAAGUUAGCGAAAACGACCGUAAACCUCCUUCAUUAGGGCAGUGGGGUGGGGGAGAGGGUUUUGGCUAAAUCACUUGAUAUGUCUACAAAAUAUUUGCUGACCCCUUCCUACAGCGAACAGAAAUUUCACUCCCCAUCCCCAGACUGCAACCCGACUAUUACCCCUACAGGGGCUUACUGUCGUUUUGGUACACGUCGUUUCGAUACAAGCUGAAUCAUGUAGUUAGUUUCACGUACCUGGCUUAAAGAACGAGGAAUAUGUUCGUAUCGAAACGACUUUGAAUGGAAACGACCAGUUUACGACCAUGGUAUCCCUAUAUAUUGUAACUCCCCCCACACAUCAUUUUGCCGAACCUCCAUGUGAAACUAAUUGAAAGCCCCUAAUAUGAACCACUUAGGCCAAGGCCAAACGUCGAACGUUUAGUGAGACGGACCAAACUCUAAUUUGGGUCGACCUAAAUUAAGUUUAAGAUAGUCUGUUGGGUCAGACGUCAAACUUAGGACGCGUCGAACCAAUCAACUGAAUCAGAGCAAAAAGCAAUUUUAAUAAAUGUUUCCCCGAACGAGGCUAAAUAUACAUUACCAUAGAAAUUUUUAAUGUAUUAGUUUAGUUCGUCGCAUGUGAAGAUCGACGUUUGUCCCGGAGACGAUCUUCAGACGUUCUAUAUCCGUCUGAAGAAGACGGAUAGAACGUGGUGGACGAUCCAAACUCAUUCAGACGAACUCAACUGAGCCAGACCCGGUCGAACUUUUCAUGAACUUAACUCACGAAGUUUGGUUCUUCUCACGAAAAGUUCGACGUCUGGCCUAGGCCUAACAAUUCAUUUGAUCAUUCAGUCUCCAUCCAUUGUAGUAUUGUUGUUUAGUCUGAUGAUUAUCUUUUUCUCGUAGGCUUACUAUGCACGAGAUGCUCUUUCUAAAGCCACUUACAGACGGAUGUUUUCUUGGUUAAUCCAAAGAGUCAACGACAGUAUUAAGGUGGCUCGAUACAAUAAUUCUGUAGCGACACCUUCCAUCUUUGAAUCUCUUAUACUUAAAAAAAUUGAUCAGUUAUAACACAUGUAUUAAACACCAACUUAACUAAUAUGAUAUUAUUAUUUGGGCGAUCGGAAUAAAUAUCACUUGGCAAUGACGUCACAGCCCUUAUCAACCUGAACUUUGGAAAUGCUUUUCGCUUCGCAUACUUUGGGUGCUUGUCUUCCCUCGUGCGAGGUUUCACAGAAAUCUAUGAGAGGAAAUUUUAGAUAUCUUGAAAUUUCUAAAAAAGGUUAUAAAUUAUACAAGAACUGAAGACUGGACUUAAUGCAGACAAAUUUGCUAAUUUUUGGAUGUUUCCGGAAAGGUUUUAUCGCUCCUUCGUUUUGUAAAUGACCCUUAUACACUCUACAAUCGGCUAAACGCAAGUAGACUUGCGCGAUUUCGAAAAAAAACCGAAAACAUGUGAAUCGGGGUAAAACGCAAUGCUGACCUCUUUUUGUAAUUUCUAAGGCUACUUUCACGAAAACAGCGAUUAAACCAAAAUUCGGCGAUAGAUUUUCUUUAAAAACUUUCAGUGCUGCAAUAGAUCAGUGCACUAUAAAUUGCCCGAUUUUCGUAUCCAUUGAAACAUUUUAAGUUGCCUAACGAAGGCGCAAAAUUGAGUAGAUAUUGAAGCGAUGUGAUAGUUUUGGAUAAUUUUUUGCUUUGGGAUUUCCAAUUGUCUCAAGUUUAGCACAACGUCAAAUUCUCAUGCAGCACGCAAGAAUUUAUUGCGGUUAUCAUCAUCAUCAUCAUUAUCAUCGUCAUCGUUGUCACAGGAUCGCCUCCACCACUACUACUAGCUCCGUCAUCACCACUUUCAACAACACUAUAACUAUCAUCAUUGUCAUCAUCCAUCAUAAGAGCCACAAUGUGGAAACCCUGUUAUUAAACCGAUUACUGACUUGCUUACUCAUUCUCAUCCUCCUCCUCCUCCUCCUCCUCCUCCUCCUCCUCCUCCUCAUCAUCAUCAUCAUCAUCAUCAUCACUACUAUCAUCUUCAUCAUCAUCGUCACCAUUACCAUCGUCAUCAUUAUCAUCACCAUCAUCAUCACCGUCAUCAUUAUCAUCAUCGUCAUCGUUAUCGUCACCAUCAUCGUCAUUAUCAUUAUCAUCAUCAUCGUCAUCAUCGUCAUCAUCAUCAUCAUCAUCAUUAUUAUUAUUAUUAUUAUCAUCAUCAUCAUCGUUAUCAUCAUCGUCAUAACCAUCAUCAUCAUCAUCAUUAUCAUUAUCAUCAUUACCAACAUUUAUCAUUAUCAACAAUCUUGAAAUCAUAUUGGUCAUGUUCAUGAAGACGUUUCAUACGUUAUUAUCUUUAGAUGAUAAUAAACCAAAUUUGUCAUGUUAACUGAUAUUUAAGUUUCUAUUUAUCAGGUAAAAAAGAGGGGUAAAAGAAAAGUUAUUGGUGUCCUUGACAUUUAUGGAUUUGAGAUAUUUAAGGUAUGAACCAAGAGUGAUGAAAAAUAACAUUCUACUUUCUGUAAGUUUUUCUGCAAUUCUUAACUUUGGCAGAGUCGGCAUUUUCUUAGCAAAACUUUACAUUUAAGUGUUUUUUCGAAGCUUUAGAUUUAAAUUUCUCCUAAAAUAGAGUUGGAAAUCAUCAUUGCCCUGGUUACAACAAUGCUGAAAAUGUUUAAAUGACGGUGUUGCUUGUUUCAAGUCAGGUUUUAACUUCUGAAUCUGGGACGUUUUCAGUUUUAUACGAUUUUCACGACCUAGAAUCCUAUUGUUGUAGUUACUCGUGUUUGCCCUGGUAUUAGGCGAUCCCAAAAUCACGAAUGUUGAGAGCUUGUUUUACAUUAUACAGCAUUUUACGUGUUUAGUCAAAAGAAUUGAUCUGUUUCCUUUCAGACUAACAGUUUUGAACAGUUUAUCAUCAACUACUGCAACGAGAAGCUGCAACAGAUUUUUAUCGAGUUGACUCUUCAGUCAGAACAGGAGGAGUAUGUUAGAGAGGUGGGAACACUCACGUGCAAACUACCAACCUACCCCUCCCCUAAUUCAACAUUUUGCCUUAAGUGAGAGGCUAGUGUUAACGUUGGAUUAGGGGAGAGGUAGGUUGGUAUUUUCCACUUAUACUGGUCCAAAAUCUGCUUUACUGUGUUUUGUUCCAAUUACAGACUGUUUGAACUAAAAUACGUUGAAUUUCUUUGACAGGGGAUUGAGUGGACGACCAUAGAGUACUUUAACAAUGCUAUCAUCUGUGACUUGAUCGAAAAGGUGGGUAGUGGCCAGUUGUCCUGUUCUGAAAUCCUUUUCGCUCUGAUAAGGCUGUGAGGGAUUUUUACGCGUACUCACCAAUGUGCUUUAGCCCCGUGCAAACGGACGCAACAUCGUUGGCCAACAAGUCCCAACAUUUUGCGUUCGUUCGCACACCCUGUUGCAUGUAAUUUGUAACUUUUUGUAAUCUGUUUACCGACGAAGCACUUAAGAGCUCUUAUGAACUCGUUUAAACGUGUCCGUGCGUUCCAGAUCGAGUUGGAAUUUGGAAGUGUUGGUUUUUGAGGAGAGGGAAAAACCGGGGUACCCGGAGAAAAACCUCUCGGAGAAAAUGAGAGAACCAACAACAAACUCAACCCACAUAUGGCGUCGACGCCGGAAUUUGUACCCGGGCCACAUUGGUAGGCGAGUACUCUCACUACUUCGCCAUCCCUUGCUUCCCCUGCGUCACCCUUGUUUCAUGUUGUUGUGAGUUGUUGCGCAAAGUCUGAAACCGGUCAAACUUUUUAGCUACGUGCAAACGGACGCAAAGAACUCCCAAAAAUGUUGCGUCCGUUUGCACGGGGCUUUACACUCUGUUUGAUCGAGCUUUUGUAAUGGUUCGAUACGUUUAUGGGCUCUGUUGUAAGCUUCUAAUUGGAGAGCUUUAGAUUCGAAGAUGAGGACGACUACAGGUACGCGAUUUGACGGAAAGUUUUAUCGCGUAUUUCUCAAAAAAAAAAAAAAACAAGAUCAUUUUACGUUUCUGGGAAACUGCCUACCUACCCCUCCCCUAAGCCAAUAUUAACACUUACUUCUCACUUAGGGCAAAAUGCUGGCUUAGGGGAGGGGUAGGUGGGUAGUUUCCAAGAAACGUAAAAUGAUCCAAAAAAUAUAUACUCCAGAAAGCUUCAUUGUACUUUUGAUUCACCAGAAAAAUUAGCACUGUUAUCUUUAUCCUCUUUCCAUCGCAAAAUGAUAAAACUUCUAACAUUCGAUAACUCGUUUCCGCCACUACGACAUUCACGCUAAAACUCAUAGUAGAAUGAUGAUGGCUACCACGUUUUCCCGCCAAAAUCAUGAUGACGCUGGUUCACGCGCGAGCAAUACUCAGAAUUCUCGUACUCGUAGUCGUUCUCGCUUCCGAAUCCAAAGCUCUCUACUAUAUGAAUGCUUAGAGAGAUCUAAAAUUUGCCCUUGAUUGUGCGUGUGGCUUCAGAGUGGGCUUCCUGUGGUAUCACCGACUAGGCGUGGGUAUUGCACUUGAGGCCACCUGUGUAACAAUAAGCCCGUAUUUCAAGAGGCUAUGUAACGCUAUUUGCUGUGUUUUUAAAAAGCAUCGACUGAAUUCCAAAAAUAAUGAUCCUGUUUUGUUGUUGAAGACCAUAUUUACCGUAAAUCCUCUAUUUUUAUCCCCCUCUCUAAUAAGCCCCCGCCCUUUUCAGAGGAAGAAAGUUAAUAAGCCCCCCUCCUCUCCCUUAAUUAUUCUUCACUGAUAAAUGAGAGACUGUAUUAAUCAAUUACGACUGUAAAACUUCGUGUGGACUGAUCUGGGAAGUUUAUUAACUAACUGGAAGUUCAGAUUUGAUUCUGACACUCAACUUUCUUGUUCUUGAACGUCACCACUUUGUAUUCUAGUUCUUCAUGGAGAACUGAUACAAUGGUCUUUUCUAACUUAACUAAGCCCCCCGUCUCUAUUAAGCCACCCCCUCUAAUGGGCUUGAAAUAAAUAAGCCCCCCGGGGGGAUUGAUAGAGGAUUUACGGUAGGUAUAGAAACUGUUUUUUGUCGUAUGUUGUAUCGAAUGACAAGGAUGGAAAUGCAUUUUUUAAAAUGCUAUCACAGGGAGCAGAGGAGUUAAGUUUGAAUUAGAUAAUAAAGAAUCUCUUACCUCUUUGAUUGAUCUUACCUCUCUCGCACUUCGUGCCUUGCUUCCGAAGGCAAACGAAAAAGCCCACGAGCGCUUCAUUCAGCGGUUGUUAUGUUUCAAAAUAAUGGCGGUCGGAAAGAAACGUUGAGCGAAAGGGAAGAUCGAAGGGAAUUUUUUAACGGUUAAACGACCCAGAAUGAUCACACACGGCUAACUAACACACGGAGAAUUAACAGAUUACAGCAAUCAAAGAGGUAAGAGAUUCUUUAUUAUCUAAUUCAAACUGAACUCCUCUGCUCCCUGUGAUGCUAUGCCUGCAGAAAUCACCUAAAAAAUUUUUGGAAGGUGCUCCCUGAUAAAAUUUGUUUCAAAUCUUCUUCAUAACCUUACAGGAGCAUUUUGCGCAUGGGUAAAGGUACUAUGUAAUGACUUCAGCAAAGAAUUGGACCAAAACAGCAGUAUCCUCGUAAUAAAGCCCCUUUAAUUUGCCACAGAAAAUUCCUCGUUGAAUUCAUUGCAUCACCUUUACUUAUGUAGUCACCACCUAUAAUUCCUACAAAUACAUAGCCUGCGUAGCAAGCGUUUCCGUACGGUUUCAGCGCAAAGAAGGAGGAACGAGCGUCGAAGACCGCGUGAAAAAUGGCGCAAGUAUUAAAAAGAGCGGGGAGGGGGUGGGGAAGAAAGGUAUCUCUCCGCUCGUUCCAUUUCUCGCAGUGCCAAAACCGAAAAUUCCGUUCCUCGGUAGACUGCGAGCAGUCUCUUAUUUUUGUUUGCGAGGUUACUGCACGCGAAUCCUAAGCACGUGAGUUGCGAAUUAAGCUGCGAGCCACGAGAAAUGAGGUCGUAAGCCCGAGAAGAAAAAAUAACUCAAUCCGUUAUUGUAAUAACAACGUCGUGGUUUGCAAUCGCGCUGGAUGAGAUAAGAACUAGACGGAUUUCAAGAGAAAAGGCUGACUGCAAGCAGUCUAGUUCCUCGGUCUUUCUGUGCUCCGAAACCAAACGGAAAUGCUUGCUACGCAGGCUAACAAAUACAAUACUGUGUUACUUUAUCUAAUUUUUUUUUAUUUUUAAGGUUAACGAGUUGUCUAAUCUUUCUUAGUUUGAUCAACUUUAUGCUUUGUUUUAGAGCUGUUUCUUCCCUAGAAACUUUGGUUUGCGCAGAGCUUUGAGUCAAGACAACCUUGUUAGUUUUUUAAUCCACACAAGUUGUACUGUGCACUUGAACUAAUUCGUACUGCACUUGAACUAAUUCUUAUCGUGGCAGUGAUAUUUUUAGAUAUUCGUCUUAAAAGGUUUUUAUUUUUCCUUAGAGUCAUGUUGGUAUCAUAGCUCUGCUAGAUGAGGAAUGUUUGAGACCAGGAGAAGUGAGUAAACAUUUUAAAUGCUGUAAAAUUUCCUUGAUAAUAGGUUCCGCUGGAUUCCGCAUCCAAUAAAACAAAAUUCUGAUUCUUCAUUUGAUAUAUAUCAAUUUUUUUGGUUUUAAUUCUAAGUGUCUAUUUUACUCGUUUGUUAUUCCUCCGAUGGAAAACCCUUUGCGAAGGAUUUGCCUUAGAAAACUUCGUGGAACCAGGGCCAGACUGGAGCCUUUUAGUUUAGCGAGUGCGCAUCACUGAGGUUUGGUUAAGAAUCAGUGAUUUUCAUGAGCGGCCCUCAAUAUUCAAAUAUGAACAUUUACAAAUGAUUUCCUCCGAUUUACCAGCUUGCAAAAUUCACCACCAGCACCUGUGCCAGCAGAACCUUUCUUUCGCUUGCUCGAUUUCAGAGUACUCCAGAAAGACCACCCUGCAUGAAUCGAGUAAGAUAAAGAUACGUAUAUAUAGCUUCGUACCUAAAGCCCCUGCGCUUGCUACAGCGGGCUCAGUUAUGACCAUCGGAACUAGAUUGACUAGUCCAGACUGCGGCAAUGUGAUUCAGGCAGAGCCUCUUUUUCUCAUCCUUGAUUAAGAGGAAGACAAAGGGAGGCGCACCUGGCUUGGAUUUCCCCAAUUUAUGGCGUGGAUACCUUAUACUUAAGUUAGAGACGCUUCAGAUUUAUAGGUCAUUGGCGUUGUGAUAUAGUAACAUUGUUUGUGUUUUGUUAGGUGAGCGAUGAGACAUUUAUAGCCAAACUCAACAAACACUGCAUUGAGCAUGCGCACUUUGAGAGCAGAGCCAGUAAGCAGUUUCUAUCCGACAUGUCCUUGCCUCACGACUGCUUCAGAUUAAAACAUUACGCUGGAAGUGUAAGUGUCUAAGACGAGUAGAUCAACAGGAAUGUUGAAAUCUUAAAGACCAUAAGAAUAUUCUUCAAUUAAGUCUAGCGAAACCAAAGUGAUAGCCUUUCUGCAGGCCGGUCAGUCACGUGAUUCAAAAACACCAUGCUCGCACGCAAAAAACGCAUUGGGUCAAGACUAGCAAAGCGGUUGCGUUGGUGAAAAUGGUAAUUUAUAUUGUUUGUCUUAUCUCAGUGCUUUUCUCGCGUUCCGGAGGCUGAACUUAUGAAGGGAGUUAUUUUGGUUAGGCAACUCAGGGUUAAGUCAUUUUUCUUCAUUUCCUUGCACUAAAGCCUGUAACAAGACACCGGUGUGUCCAGAAAGAAGGUUACGCGUCACCGCAUGGUUUUUUGUGCCACAUGAGUGAUCAGUUGCAAAGGGCUGAUUACUCUCGGUAGUCAAUCGUAAUACACGACAAAGUCCGUAGAAAAACAGGAGUGAGCAAGUCAAGAUUGAUUUUAGCGUUACGCCAGAUAAGUCGAGGACGUAGCUUGAUAUUUUUCAGCUAAUCAUAGAGCGGUGCGAUGCCAAAUCUCAAAGAAAUGAGCCAUUAUCGAGUUGUGGUUACUCGUUCUGCCUCGUCUUCCCUAGUAAGGGGCAAUUAUAGAAGAGAAUAGUUCAAGUAAUUUACUUGCCCGUUGUGUAGAUAGCAGCCUUGCACACUUAAGGUGGCUGAACACAGUUUCUCUAGAAUUGCUUUAUUCCAACCUUAGCCUGCUAAUUUUGCAGUAUUACAUUGCUUUUCUUUUAUUUAAUUUUCUCCAGGUGACCUACUGUGCAGCUGGUUUUGUAGAUAAAAACAAUGAUUUGCUAUUUAGAGAUCUUUCGCAGUGCAUGUAUGCCUGCGGCCAUCCACUGGCCCAGACUCUCUUUCCAGAAGGUAAGUCAGAUUAGGGUUUUGUGCUACUUGAUUCUACUGUAUCAAAGUAUAUGUAUCAAGAACCUUCGACAUCUGGCUUGACAUAUUUGAAGGACAGUAUCACUGAAGUUAACUAUUUUCAAUUACUCGCUAUAAAACUAUUAUCGGAGAAUAGUCUGUUCAUUAACAUUCUAUUUUCUCCGUAACGAACCUUAAACGCGGGUAGAAAACCGCAGGGGAUUUAAAGCCUGUGUACGGCCGCCCCAGCUCCCUCUUCCGAUGUUUUUAGGGCGCGUAAGCGACGGCGACGGCAACGAGAACGGCAAAACCCCAAUAGGUUUAGAUUGGCAAAAUAACAACUUUGUACGUGCAUCACGCUUUUUUGUGCAUUUCUGAGCCGUCGUUGCACGACUACAACGUGAUAGUGCCUAAUUUCUCUUUUUUUCGAGGAAGGGAACACAAAACAACAAUUUUCUUCUUCUUUUUCUGAACUUUGAUACAAUUCUAUAGAAUUCAACUCCAUAGAAAUUUGCCAACAUUUGACGAAUUAAGCGAGAUGGAACAAGCGCGAUAAAGUUUGAGGCAGCGCGAAUUCUUCUUUUAAGUGACGUUUUCGUCGCCGUCGUCGUUGCUUGAGCUCGCUUUUUUUAGAGGGUAGGGGGUGGCUGUACACAAGCUAGGAAUUCAUUGACCUCUAGCGCAAGGGGUGGGCCAGGUGGGUAAACGAGCUUCUAUUUUUCCGUGCUCCACGCUCGUUUGCGCGCUCGUUGAAUUCCUAAAAAAAAUCACGGUGUUAUGACAAAAAAGUGUCUCACGCCAAGUACAAAAAACAAAACCCAAAUUUCAGUCUUUUUUAUAAAACUCCUUUAUUUUGUCCAUGCGUGUCUUACUGGCUAUGGAGGUGCUCCUUCCCUGUUUAAGCGGUAAUUUUUUUUUCAUUUCACGCAAUAGCUGAAUAAGACUAAACUGCGCAAGCUUCUUUAUUAGGGUACUAAAGCAAAGUAGUUUUUGUGUAACUCUCGUCGACCGGGAAUGAGAUCUUUCCCUUUCAAUAUACCUUGACGCUACCAAAUUUGUAUUGCUAAGUAUCUUUUCUUUUAUAGAGAAGAAUUGCCUGAAAAUAUGGGUAAAACAACUGCCUAAGAAUGCAAAAGGUCUACGUCCGGUUUACGCGUGUCGCUCAAAAACGUCUUUGCUUGAACUCCCUAAUGACCGUUGCAUUUGUUUCAGGAUGUCCCACCAAAGCCUCAAAAAAGAGACCUCCUACAACGGGAACUCAGUUUAAGGUGUGUCUUCAACUAAAACCUGCAAUACUCGUUAAAAAUCUUGAAACACUUGUGUGCGUUUCCCCUUUCCCAAUGUUGAUUUGGGUAUUGCAGUCGUCUCAGUGCUUCAAAAUACGCGUGGCUCAACUUUGGGGAAGGAGAGGGGCACAUUUGAGUGAGAACAAAGGUGUGAAGAGUGGAUGUAAGAAAUUUUCGAGAAAGUUCAAGAGAACCGGUAUGUGUUUCAAGGAUUUGUGACGAGUAUUGUGGCCGCGGUUGGUCAAACGUUGGGUAGCGCUCUCCACAGGAUAAAUCACUAUCCAGCGGAUAAGUAUUAGGGAAACCAAUUGCAUUAUCCACUUAAUCGGGUGGAGACCGUUGUCUAGUUUUCGAACAACUGGGGCCUGGUUUCAUAAUAAUCGUCUGGACCCUCAGCAGAAAUGUUGCAGGAAAUGGAAGCGAAGAGAAAGAAGAAGGAUAUUUGGUAGUUUUAUGUCAGCUUUGGGAGACAUGUAAAUAACUUUUACAUAGGUAGGACGCUAAAGAUUUGCAGCCAUUUAAGGGCUUUUGUGGAAGCGUGUGUGGCGGAGUGGCUAAGAACUCGAAUUCCUGAUCUGGAGGUCCAGGGUUCAAGCCUCGCCCGUCGCUCUGUUUCCUCAGAUAAGGAACUUUACUACACUUUGUCUCUCUUCACCCAGGAGUAUAAAUGGGUACCGGCGACAUGCUGCUGGGGGGUAACCCUGCGAUGGACUAGCAUCCCGUCCAGGGUGGAGUAGCAAUACCCCUAGGCAUGCUUCAUGCUAAGGAAACCGGGGUAAACUCUGGCCGUUUGGGCCUUUGUCACGUGUGCGCCUUUACCUUUUUACCCUGCCUUGAAGGGUUUUAACAGUUUCGUUUGUUCCCCACACAGGUUUCGGUGUCAGAGCUGAUGAAGAAUCUCAAAAGCAAGAACCCACAUUACAUCAGAUGCAUCAAGGUCUGAUUAUUACAGCUGUGCUUGUCAGAUCAACGUAACUUAUUCCUUCAGUACUGAUACAAGCUUAAAUCUAGUGGAGAGGCCAUGACUAUUUAGUACAGGAGGUUAUUGGUCGAUUCGUCCACAGUAGCAUCUCUUUCGCCCUUUAGUGAAGGCAAGCUAAAUUCGCUGGACGAGUCUAUUUGUGGACAGACUGGAUCUGGGCGAAUUAACUUGAAAAAAGGCAAAAGUGAUGGCAAUCUGUGUUAAUUUAGCUGUCUUCUUUUUGCAGCCAAACGACAAAAAAGUAGCAGGGCUGUUUGAUGACAAACUGGUCAGACACCAGGUCCGAUAUCUUGGGUAAGGAAUUAACCAUUUUGAGGUAAUAGUAAUGAUAAUGAUAAUAAUAAUAGUAAUGAUAAUAAUAAUAAUAAUAAGAAGAAGAAGAAGGAGGAGGAGGAGGACGACGACGACGUAAUUUUGUGGAAUUGUACGAUGGGACUGUUUGCUUCUUUUAUUGGCUGUAAGGUGGAUAGACUGGAUUUUUUAGGGGGAAUACCUCUAAAGUUUGAAAAUUUUCCACGUUGGCGUUAACAAAGGGUAUCGGAAAAAAAAAAGACCACAGCUGUAUUAUAUAUGGAUGAAAAUUUUUUUUGUGAUCUAUGUUUCAUUGACAUCGGAGUUGCCAAGGCAACGUAAUGACGCCAUUACCAUAUUUACUUGCCUUUGUAUUUCUCGCCACCAGGAUUUUUUUUUCAGAAAUGGCUUGAGGGAGUUUGUACCUCCUCCCUCAGUUGCCUCGAUUAUGGCAAAGUUUUAACAAAUUCUAAGGGAUCGUUUUGGAAAUAUUUUGAAAAAAAGUUUUUAAGGUCAUAAAAGAAGCGAAUAAACAUGCUAAUUAAAUGGGGCUUCAAAUGUCACCAAUUUUCCCCCCAGAAUUUGUGUUUACAAAUGAGCGUCCUCAUUAUUCACUGGCAUUGUGUUCAAGUUUCAUAUGCACGUGCACAACUUUAGCAUAAAACUAAUUUGCAUUCAAUACUACCCUCGAUUACUCCGAAGUAUGCUAAUGAAGCAGAAAUUGUGAAGACAGUGUCUGUAGCGUCACUUUUUCAUCAAGUGGGACGCAGUGAUAUAUCGCUAUACAAAAAAAGUUAUUAGCAUUUAUGUUUUUACGUUUCCUUUCUGCAUCACAUAUGCUCAUUCACCUUAUUUUCUUUGGUACAGAGACCCCUGAACAUGACCGGAAAGUUAUCGAGGGUUCUGUUGAAUGCAAGUUGGUUUUUUGCUGAAGCUGUGCACGUGCAUAUGUAAAACAUGGAUUGUAACAAAUUUUCAUCUUUAUAUAUAGUACAGAUGUGGUCUCCUUCUUCCAACAUUAAAUAGAAAAAAACUGUGGACCGUGCAGAGAACGAUAUUCUUGCUUUAUAUAUCAGUAUAUUUUUUUCUUUCAAAGGUUGAUGGAAAACAUUCGGGUCAGAAGAGCUGGGUUUGCCUUCAGGCAGGAAUAUGAUUUAGCGCUUCAGAGGUGAGUAGUCUGCCUUGAUCACUACAAAUGCCUUUUAAUUCGGUGUGGAGAACCAAGUGGUGCGUCUUUCAUCAUCAGCGAUCAAAGACCAAACGUGGUAAAUCUGGUCGUUAGUUCGAUCAUGAGGUGGGAUUGAUCGAGUGACGAACCUGUAACGUGCAUUUUGACUUACAGUCACGCCAGGACAAACGUACCCACCCCCCCGCCCCCCAUCGCCAUAGCUUCCAUUAAUGAAUCGGUUAUUUGAAGAAUUAAUCCGCUAAUCGUUGCCGUAACCAGUAUCAAAUUCAAAUUUGCAUUCCUGCAAGCGUAAUAAGCCGUGAAUUUUUACGAUAACUUCCCCGUAUUCGGUCAGAUUGAACAAUCUUUGAAUGGACAAAAUUGCUUUGGAGUCAUUUACAUCACAUUCAAGAAAACUGAGCCGGCAGAAAUUUCAUAACUACCUCGCGUGUGAAUUCACUGCUUAUAGCGCCUGCAGGUAUACAGAGAUGAAUCUGAAAUUCACAACUACCAACGGAUUAAACUUUCGAAUAAUAAAUUCAUUAAUGGAAUCGUACGCUUGAUCUGGACUGGCUGUAAAAUGUGCCAGAAAUCGAAUCAUGACCGUCUUGGAGCUGGCUGGAUGAAUUGCCCACUUGAGGCUAUCGGUAGACUAGGAGCAAGUACUACAACCUUCAUGUGCGACCAUCCCUCGUAAAAAGCGACCACCAAAUGUUGGCAUUUUAAGAAGUCGCUUACGGGAGUUCCGACUAUGCGCCUUAAGCAAGACACGUGUGACUUUUAUCAGUAAACGUAGGACUCACUAUGUAAUCUAUUGCGCGCCAUUAUUCACCAUCUGGCUUAACCUCCACGCAGACAUUGUAAGGGCUUCGUCACGCGGAUUACGUGACGAGCCAAAAGAACGUCUACGUGAGAGGCUACAUAUAGCUAAGCCGGCAAACUUCCUUCUGCUUCUGUUCUUCAGAUACAAGAUGCUCUGCAAAAAAACCUGGCCCAACUGGGUGGGCAUGCCGAAAGAAGGCGUUAAAGAGCUGUUCAAGGUAAUGCAUUUUAGGGGCGGCGAACAAGUAGCUUUCUCCAAGCUACUGUAGCCAUAAGUUGAUCUCACCAUGAUUGUUUCUUGUAGAGUUUGAAUAUCAAGCCAACGGCAUACGCCUACGGAAGAACCAAGAUCUUCAUAAGGAACCCACGAACGGUAAGAAGCGUAAACGAAGAGUUGGGUGUGCUAUUGCCCUACUGUUUUUAAACUGAAAAUGUGUUGCGUGGAGCUUUUGCUUAAAGGAGUGCUUUGCACGCGCCUCGGCAAUAAAGGACCUAUGAUACACUUCUUUGUCUGUUCAUAGGCCUGACGGCUAUCCCAUGCUAAUCAGAAACAGCUCGGGUGAUAUGGCUUUGCGCAUGCGUCAGGUACUGACCAGGCCUUGAGUUGGUGGACCUGUGGCACUUGCUCUUAUUCAGGUUGUCGUACUGUUUUUAGCAUGCUUGUGCCUUAUUUUCUGUACGUCUCAGACGUCGUAGAUGCCUUGUGGUAUAUAAACGGCCAUCCUUGCCUUCCGAGCACCAUUCUGUUCUUUUCUCAGUUAGCCGGCGAGAAAGCUCUCCAGUUUGAGUGGCGGCGAAGCUUAUUUCCCUUUCGUAAACGGUCGUCGCCAUUAUUAGGGAGCUUAAGCAGCAACGUUUUUGAGCGACGCACGUCAACCGGAAGUGGCCUUUUUUCAAAUUUUGACGGUGGUUUCGCGCAUUUUUUUCAGUCAAAUCGCCUCUAUAACAGUAAAGAAGCUAAGGAAUACAAAUUUUAUAUCAUCAAGGCAUGUUAAGAGGGAAAAUACCUCACUUCCGGUUGACGUGCGUCGCUCAAAAACGUCGCUGCUUAAGGUCCCUAUUAACGGUCGAUGCCACCAUUGGUUAUCAAGCCUUCAGUCAUGAUAGAUGUAAUAAAUUCCCUGGACUAAGUACAAUAAGGCAAAUAAUACGUUUUGAAUAGUCUUAGAAAGAACGACGUUGAAACCCAAGUUGAAUUUACGUUUAAAGUUAUGGAAAGGGCUAGUGUCACCUGUUAUUGCUGUAUCAGUUAAAAAAAAAAACAGUUUGCUAGUUAAAGUUCUUAAAUUGUUUGGAAUUUUGGCGGGUCUUUGUGGUUGUGUAAUGCUAAGGGAGAAAGAUUAUGGUACGAAAGGUCCGGGUUCGACCGUGGAUUGCGAUCUUCCUCCUUCUUAAUAGAAACACUCUCAAUACUAGGUCAAAAAUUUUUUAAUGUCUUAAAGAUGGCGGCGAGCGUAAACGGAAGGGAAAUUUGCGGCGGUGAAGCGAGCUGCGCGACAACGCGCGAGCGAGCGGCAAAGCCUCGCGGGUCUCUGGCGUGUCCUUUCACGUGUCACUCGCGCGUGACUUCUUGCUUGCAGGAAGUUUGCGUGAAGCUUUGUGCAUUUCACUACUGGUUAGUUACAAAUAUGCCGAUACAUCUCUUUGUUCCUCAGUUGUUCGAUCUGGAAGAAAGACGUAAACAAGGAAUGCAUCGCUUAGCUGUUCUCAUUCAGACGAUUUUUAGAGGUUGGAGGCAACAAAAACAGGUUUGUUGA